AUGCUGUCUGAUGCUCUGGUGCGCAGGGCGGCAACGCAGCUCAAUCAGCACAUGUGCAUUGAGGAUGCACAAGCCUUGUCUGAUCAUGGUUUGGAGUGUGUGCGGGAGGUUCUCUACGCAUACCGACACAUGGUACCAAAAAGCAUGAGACGAGAUGUAGCAGACGGCAUUCGUUUUCUGACAGGUCUGCGCUUGGCUCUGCAUCAACCAAAGGAUGCAACUACAUGGUCAGUGCUGGUCACUCGGGACGAAGCCUAUCAGACCUACGACCAAUGGUGGUUCGCGUUCCAAGAAAGCCUCCACGCGCAAGAAGUUUUACGACAGCACUGUGACAAAUUUGGGGACAUCCCAGUCGUGAGCAAUCUUGUCGACAAGUUGCAUGAUACGCUUCUAGAGAUCCAUAGUGGGCUGACCCUGAAGGGCAAGGGUUUGCGCAGACCGCGGGAGUUCCUAGGAGUCAACCUCACAGAGGCUGCCAUGCUUGAGGUCGCGACACAGCUGCUUCUCCAAGAUGCCCUGGCGGCGAAUUCAGUUGAACGAUUGCGACAUCUCUGCUAUGUGUGCAGAUUUACUUUCAGUGGCUCCUACAAUGAUCGCGUGGCAGAGCUGCUGGUAUUUCUAGAGGGCAUACAAGUCCUGCUAAAGGGCGAGAGCCUGCGUGCAAGCUUGCUUGGAAACCCGUCUUCUCGGGCCUUGUUCCCCCUCGAUGACCCCGUGGCGCCGGCGAGGCCGGCCAUGUCCUGUCAAGCGCAUGCAAUGUAG